CUAAAAUACUUAAUCUUAUAAAAAAGGUCACUACUUACGAAAUAAAUCGGUGAGCAGAACCAUCACCUGUGGCGCAAUUUCCCCUCAAUGAUCACAGGUAGUGGAGGUGGGGGUCACUUAAUCUCUCAGGAGACGGCCACAAAGAUAAUGAUCGUUUAAGCGCAACCAGGUGUGAGAAAACGAGUUCCAGGUGAUAAAGGCCUUUGAUAAAGACGGACUUAUUGAAAGAUAAAGAACACACCUGCACUGGGAAUCAUACGCCCGAUUAAUGUUUAAGUGCCGACUCGUGAAUUUUCUAAUCAGAGUGAAAAAUAAAUAGUAAAAGUGAUUGUGAGGGUUACUGAGAACGUUUAAAGAUCUUCGUUCCUUUAACUUUAUUUUCCAUUUAAUCAUUUCUCCUUUGAAAAGAAGAACAAAUUGGUAAUAAAGUGAACUGUUUUAUUUUACGAAAUUCGAACAGUGAAGUAUGGUGAUACAGAACAGACAGAGGGAGGAAAACAUCCCAGAAAUGAGGCGAUGUAUCUGACACAGAAAGGGGGAAAAAGGACACCAGGCACGAUCAUGCAUGUAACUCGCAUAAAAAGGGACCAAUAACUGGACGACAGACCGCCUACUUUUUCACGAGAGAGAAAGAGAGAAAGAAAAAUAAUAGACAUGGCCACGGAGGAAUACAGGUGGGAUAGAUUCCUCUCCCUUCCCGAGGAGGAACGGAACAGAAGCGAGGAGGUCCUGUUCCUCUGUGAUCCGGACGACAACCUGAGCGUGCCCGUGCAUAAGCUCAUGUUCGCCUGCGACCACUGCCUGGAGAGGGAGCAGGUCCUGGGGCUCUGGGGGCAAGGCGUGUGCGACCUCCCCCCGAGUCCCGUGUUCGACACCUCCAUCUACGUCCUGUACAUCUCCAUCCUGGUGUUCGCGGUGCUGGGAAACUCCAUGGUGGUUUACGUGGUGUGCUCCUCGGCCAAGAUGCGCACCGUCACCAACUACUUUAUCGCGAACCUCGCUGUGGGCGACCUGUUCAUGGCCAUCUUCUGCGUGCCGUUCUCCUUCAUGAGCACCCUCAUCCUCAAGUACUGGCCCUUCGGCGGCGAGCUGUGCGUGGCCGUCAACUACCUCCAGGCCGUGUCCGUGUUCGUGUCGGCCUACACCCUCGUGGCCAUCAGCCUCGACCGCUACUUCGCCAUCAUCUACCCCCUGCGGCCCCGCAUGACCCGCUUCCAGGCCAAGGUCAUCAUCGCCGCCGUGUGGGUGCUCGCCCUGGCCACCACGCUCCCGGUCGCGAUCUACUCCAAGCUGUUGGAGCCGCCCUUGAACUGGUACCGGUACUUCGGCCACCAGGUGUGCACGGAGGACUGGGGGGACAGCGACACCAACAAGGACUCCCGCACAGCCUACAGCGUGGCGCUCAUGCUCCUGCAGUAUUCCCUGCCGCUGGCGGUCCUCAUCUUUACGUACUCCAGGAUCGCCGUCGUGGUCUGGGGCAAAAAGAACCUCGGGGAGACGCCGGCCAGGAUGGACAGGAUCGCCAGGAGUAAAAGGAAGGUAGGGUGGCCGAGGUCCUUCGUCUCCGCGAAACCCCUUCUCUUGCAGGAACGGAAAAGGCGACGAACAGAGAAAAAAAAAAAAAAAAAAAAAAAAAAAAAGGAAGAUGUAAAAGACUAAAACACAAUAAAGUAAACGAAAAAAAAAAAAAAACGAAAAAAAAGGUCCUGUUUACACAUGAUGGCGAUAAUACAACAGACUAGUUUAAAGACAAGAAAAUAUUCAACACUUUUUUUCAUUAUUUUUUUUUUUCUUUUUGCUCACAAAAAUUAAAUCACAAAAAUAUAAUAACUAACAGUUAUAACAAGAAAUUAUAAGGAUAAUUUUCACUAUGAAACCUGUUCAUACAACCCGUCAUUCGUAGCGAAAUAUAAUUGUUUCCGAUAACUUUUGAUAAGGACUAAAACAAGAUGAUAAUAGCAAUAAAAUGAAAGUAAUGAUAAUAUCACUAAUAAACAUUAUG